UCCCGAAAUGACCCUCUCAUCCGUCGGCCUUCCUCUUCCUCUCCUCGGAGUUCCUUUCCGGCUUCCUCCGAGAAGCGUCUUUGCAUUCCAAAAACCUAAAUUUUCCCCUAAUCAUCAUCUUCUUCUUCUUCGUCAAGUAGAAAAUAAAAUGGCCUCCUCCUCCUCUUUCUCCUCUUCUUGUUCUUGGACCUGCAACAGGUGCACCUUCGUUAACCCUCCCUCCCAGAAAUCUUCCUGCCAAAUCUGCCUCUCCCCCAUCCCCAUCCCUUCUUCUUUGCCUUCUUCUUCGUCGUCUUCUGUUACUAGUGAAGUCUUCCGAUGGUCGUGCCGUGCCUGUACCUUCUCCAACCCGGCCGCCGCUGCCGCUUGCGAGGUCUGCGGCACAACAGCCGCCUUGCCCUCGCCUUCCUCCGCCUCCCGCUUGGCCUCCCUGCUGUCGGACUUGGAACCCGAGCCCCACGAGCUCGCCCACCCCGACAUUGGCCGCGUCUUUCUCCCCCUCCUGCGUUGCGGCGCCAAGCGCCCUCCCCCCAGCAACAGCCCCGAAACAAAGCUGCGUCGCGCCGCCACGUCCCACAAGCUUCCCAGGGCCCACGAGGAGCAGCAGAAGCAGCAAGUGGCCGUGAAUGCCCCUUCACCUGCCUUGGGAAAUGUAGGCGAGAAUCCAAAGAGGUGCAUCAUAAAAAUUUUGAGCUAUAAUGUCUGGUUCCGUGAGGACCUGGAACUAUGUAGGCGAAUGCAAGCUCUUGGUGAUCUUAUUGAGCAAAACUCACCAGAUUUCAUAUGUCUGCAGGAGGUCACACCAAGUAUUUAUGAGAUCUUCCGAGAAUCAAACUGGUUGAAACAUUACAAAUGUUCAGUGCCACAGCACCUGGCUGCUGAGAGACCAUAUUUCUGCAUGCAGAUGAGUAAGCUGCCCAUGAAGGGAUUUAGCUGCAUUCCAUUCACCAAUUCAGUGAUGGGAAGAGAGCUAUGCUUAGCUGAUAUUGAUGUUGGAGGGAGCAAAAAGCUCAUCGUUGCCACUAGUCACCUUGAAAGCCCCUGUCCUGCACCUCCACGUUGGGACCAAAUGUACAGUAAAGAACGUGUAGCUCAAGCAAAGGAGGCCAUCAACCUUCUCAAAGAUUCACCAAAUGCAAUAUUUGCGGGCGACAUGAACUGGGAUGACAAGUUGGAUGGUGCAUUUCCUCUACCUGAUGGGUGGAUUGAUGCUUGGCCGGAGCUAAGACCUGGGGAAAAUGGUUGGACUUAUGAUACCAAGGCCAACCAGAUGUUGUCAGGCAACCGGACUUUGCAGAAGAGGCUGGAUAGAUUCAUGUGUAACUUGCAUGAUUUCAAGGUUGAUGGCAUCGAAAUGAUAGGGGUGGAGGCUAUACCAGGUCUAUCCUACUGCAAGGAGAAGAAAGUGAGAAAGGUGUUCAAGAAGCUGGUCCUUCCGGUAUUGCCUAGUGAUCAUUAUGGGUUGCUCUUAACCAUCUCUAGCCUGUGAUCUUAUAGAAUGCAAACUCAGAACUAGAGGAACAAGCCUGCUCAUAAGAUGCAGCAUUUUGUAGGAUUCUCUCCCAUCUCCUCCUCUUUUUGGUGCUUUGAUAAAGUAACAUGGACGAAUGGUUAGUCAUCCAAUUUUGGAUAUGUGCAUUGCUCCAUAGCUUGAUGUAUACUGCAUCCUUCUACGGAGUCUGGUCACAUAAUCAAAUCUAUGCUCUCGCAAAGAGGAUUAGAAAAUGGAAAUCGGAUGCAUUUAGAGAUUUUUUGCCCAAAAGAUCAUGGUGUAAAUCUAGAUUGUUUGAUCAUGAAAUGUGGAAAACCAGGUUGAUGCUCUGUUCAUCAA